GAUCUGACAGCCCUGGCAGCAAAGCGGAGGUCACCAGUGCUGUGCAGGGUGGCUUCUGGCUGGGAGGGUUGUAGCUGCACUGUUUCCAUGGGGCCAUCAGCCAGUGAGUUUGGACUUUGCAGGUGGAAUUUUAACAGGAAAUGAACUCCCGGUGUGCAUGACUGAAUGCGGGAGAAGGAGCACCGGCUUUCUGCCAUGACUGACACUGUAUUCAGCACCAGCUCUAGCCGUUGGGUGUGUCCCAGUGACCGACCCCUUCAAUCAAAUGAUAAAGAACAGCUCCAGGCAGGCUGGCCCAUCCAUCCCAGUGGUCAGCCCGACAGACAGAGAAAGCAGGAAGAGCUGACGGAUGAGGAGAAGGAAAUCAUCAACAGGGUGAUCGCUCGGGCUGAGAAAAUGGAAGAGAUGGAGCAGGAACGAAUUGGGCGCCUGGUGGACCGUCUGGAGAACAUGAGGAAGAAUGUGGCCGGGGACGGGGUGAACCGCUGCAUACUGUGUGGAGAGCAGCUGGGGAUGCUGGCCUCUGCCUGCGUGGUGUGUGAGGACUGUAAGAAGAAUGUCUGCACCAAGUGUGGGGUGGAGACCUCCAACAGUCGUCCUCAUUCUGUGUGGCUCUGCAAAAUCUGCAUUGAGCAAAGAGAGGUAUGGAAGCGUUCUGGAGCAUGGUUCUUCAAGGGCUUCCCCAAACAGGUCCUCCCCCAGCCUAUGCCUAUAAGGAAGCCCAAGACCCAGCAGCCGGUCAGUGAGCCCACUGUCCCUGAGCAGCCCACCCCGGAGCCCAAGCACGCUGCCCGGGCUCCAAUUGGAGGUGACACUGAAGACAAGAGGGGCCCAGGUUCGAAGACAGGCCCUGACCUGGCCUCUACUUCCGGGCGAGGAAGUUAUGGGCCCCCUGUGCGCAGGGCCAGCGAGGUGCAGGCGAGCUCAUCUAGCCGGGACCCAGAGAGCUGGGACCAGGGUCACAGUGUGGCCGCCGGAGACUCCAGUCGGAGCCCAGCAGGUUUGAGACGGGCCAACACUGUCCAGGCCUCCAGACCUGCCCCUGCCUCCAUGCAGAGCCCAGCACCUCCUCAGCCUGGGCAGCCAGGACCCUCAGGAGGCAGCAGACCGAGUCCUGGGCCAGCAGGUCGCCUUCCAGAUCAGAGACCAGAGGUGGCUCCCAGUGAUCCUGGCUAUGCAGGGGCUUCUGCCCCACCACGGGAGGACAGAAUGGGGGGAGUUGGCUACUCAGCAGUAGGAGCCAGGGAGAACCGCACGGGCCACCCUCCAGGCUCCUAUUCCCAGGCGUCUGCUGCUCCCCAGCCUGCUGGGGUCCCCGCCCGCCAGCCCCCACCUCCAGAGGAGGAGGAAGAGGAAGCCAACAGCUAUGAUUCGGAUGAAGCAACCACCCUUGGUGCCCUGGAGUUCAGCCUUCUCUAUGAGCAGGACAACAGCUCUCUGCACUGCACCAUCAUAAAGGCCAAGUUGGAGCAGCGGCCUGAGUCGGGGGCCAUUGUUGCAGAUACAAAGACCAUCAUGUGGGCCUGCGAGGGGGUGGGAAAGGCAAACCAGGAUGGAAGAGCAUCUCCACGCAGCAGGCUCAGGGGAAGGGAGCUGACUGAACUCCAGACCCUGAGAAAAGCUGGAUGA